AUGCAGCUCUAUGUCGUUACAGUUCAAGAUUUGACGUCAGAAACGUAUGACGUCAUUAUCAUUGGUCAGUCACGGGAAGAGCGGUGGGUGUACAAUGGUCUGACGGUUAUUACACCUCCUUUCUCCAACACUCCCCUCACGAAGAUGGAAGACGUAGGUAGGAGUGCACAACCAAUAGGAAACACGUGUGUCCCGAUGUAUCCCGACUUGGGAGUUAAUGACUUCCUCCUGCUGUAUCUACAUGACGUUGUCCGUGACGUCAUCGUCGUCCUUCAUGACGAUUCAGCGGAUGUGUUCCUGCCGUUGGCUCUUAGCAGGGUGUUGAGGGAGUUGGAGCUGGUGAAGUGGGUGUCGAUGUUGGCUUGCUGUUUGAGGAGGCGGCUGAUGAUGUGGGAGGCUUUUCCUAUGAACGGGAGGGCGAUGCGGAAGGGCGCUGAUUCGGGUUUAGGGGCCGCAUGUCUGGGUCCCGACACCUUCUCCUCACUGCGCUCUGCCCAGACCCAGGCCAACAACAAACUGCACACGAAGACCAAAGCCAACCACAUCGACAAGUUUCAACACCUCCUUACCGAGAAGCCCCAAACCAACACCCCUAGUCAACUUAAAAUAAAACAGCACCACUGUAAGACUGUCAUCAACCUCAGUAAAAAGCAACUUACUACAGUACUGAAGUACAUCCCCACCAGACCACUACGGAACCACGAUGACUUCAUCUCCAACAUCGAGAAAGGGCUUCAGCAACUGGCACCAGGAGGUAAGGUUGACUACCUACGUCACCAGAUCUGUGACAUCCUUGGCAAAACCAAAUCACAAACCCCCAACUUCACCAGAGCUGAGACAAAAGCCAUCAAACAACUCCGGGAUGACAACACCAUCAAGAUUGUCCCUGCUGACAAGGGCAAGGCCACAGUCAUCAUGGACACUGACCACUUCCAUGAGCUAGUGAACAACAUCCUCCAAGACCCCACCACCUACUCCAAGAUCAAGAAGGACCCAACCACCAAACUCCUCCGCCAACAUAAAACCCUCCUCAAACAACUUAAAGACAACUUUGAAAUUAGCCAAGCUCUUCACAACCAACUCUCCAUCAAUCACCCCCAGCCACCCUAUGCCAGAGCCACCAUCAAAAUCCACAAGAACCCUCCUAAAGCCCGUCUACUUGUGUGCUCCCGAGACACUGUCUUCUACAAAACGGCCCAACACCUAACCACAAUCCUUGCCCCCUUAGGAAAAACAGCCGACUCCUUCAUCUCUGACUUCACGGACUUCUGCUCCAAACUCAAGAACAUCACCAAUCCAGAUCAAAUCAUCAGUUACGAUGUAGUAGACCUCUUCACCAACGUACCCAUAGAUGACACUCUGCAAAUUCUCCGCCGUCGCAUCACUGAAACCCCUCCUGAAACCAGCUUAACCACAGAAUCCAUCAUCGCCCUCACCACCGCCUGUAUCUCCACCGCAUACUUCACCUGGGGCGACGAGUAUUAUCAACAGAUACACGGCCUACCCAUGGGAUCCCCACUGUCUCCUAUCCUUACUGAAAUCUACAUGACCCACUUCGAACAGCAAGCCCUCACAACAUCACCCAUCCAACCUAUUUGCUGGUACAGGAAAGUUGACGACACCUUUGUCAUCCUCAAACAAGACCAAGACCCAACCCUGCUACUACAACAUCUUAACCAACAACACCCCCGAGUACAGUUCACCAUCGAAACAGAAAAGGACAACCAACUACCCUUCCUAGAUGUCCUCGUCUGUAGAAACGCAGCUAACAGAAUCCAAACCAGUGUCUACCGGAAGCCCACCCACACCGACCAGUAUAUCCACUUCAACUCUAACCACCCUCUCAGAACCAAGACUGGCAUCAUCUCCACCCUUACCAAACGUGCCAUCAACCUUUCCUCUGCUGACCCCAAACCUGAGAUCGCACACCUCCGCCAAGUCUUCACCCACCUCAACAAUUAUCUGGCCAAACUAGUCGACAAAGUCAUCGCCUCUGUACUCUAUCCCACACCCAGACAUGCGGCCCCUAAACCCGAAUCAGCGCCCUUCCGCAUCGCCCUCCCGUUCAUAGGAAAAGCCUCCCACAUCAUCAGCCGCCUCCUCAAACAGCAAGCCAACAUCGACACCCACUUCACCAGCUCCAACUCCCUCAACACCCUGCUAAGAGCCAACGGCAGGAACACAUCUAAACCCCAAGAGGUUAAAGUUGUAGUCUACAAAGUUGACUGCAACUGCGGGCAAUCUUACGCAGGAGAGGGCGAACGACAUUAUACCAGCCCUCCAAUCCAGGGAGGGCUGUUCUGCUACCCUUUGUUGUUUUAA